UCAGCCGGCAUUCUCGUUUUAUCGGUGCGGACAUUCUCAACCAGAAGAAGUCUGGGCAAAGGUCUGAUAUCACAAAGUCCUCACUCGGCAGCUAUGAUUAUUUCCAAGGAGAACCGCCGAAAGAUCUAUGAGAACCUCUUCAAAGAGGGUGUCCUUGUCGCGAAGAAGGACUACAAUGCUGCGUCCCACGAGGAGCUCAAGGGCGUUCCCAACUUGCAAGUAAUCAAGGCCCUUCAAAGCCUUACAUCGAAAGGUUUCGUCAAGACCCGUUUCUCGUGGCAAUGGUACUACUAUACCCUCACACCUGAAGGCGUUGAGUACCUCCGGGAAUGGUUGCACCUUCCAGCUGAAAUUGUUCCCGCCACCCACAAAAAGGCCGCUAGGCCGCCUCGCGCUGCAACUGUUCGUCCAGGAGGAGGAGAAUACCGUGCACCUCGCGGUGACCGUGAUGACUACCGCAAGAAGGAGAGCGCUGGAGGAGAUUUCAGGCCUUCGUUCGUUGGUGGUGUUGGUCGUGGCGCUCCCAGGGAGUGAGGGGUGGAUCUGCGGUUAUAUCUCUUCCUUAUUACAGACAAUGCACCUUUGACCAUGUCUCAGCUGAUUCCAAGGUAUCCCAGUCUGACUUGCCGAGAAAUUUUCGAGCUGAAAUUUUAACAUGGCUAAGUUAUCCGAUGCUUCACAACGGAACCUUCAGGGUGUUCGGGCUCUGUACCAAAAGUACAGAAGCGUAUAGUGUUUGAUGUUUGAAUGCUC